UUACGUUUUGUUUUUAUAAAAUUAAUUUUGGUAUUCCCAAAGUAAAAUUUUUAUGAGAACUAGUUUAAUAUUAUUUUUAUUUGUGAUGCGUUUUCAAAUUUAUUUUAGUUUAACUAUUAUUCAAAAUUAUAUUGUUUCAUUCUAAAUAACUUAAAUUCUUUUGUAGUUAAAAUUUGAUAAAUAGUUUUAAGUAGAUUAAUUUGUUAAAAUGCCAAAGUUAGAGGUUGGAAAUCGAGUUGAACUUACUGGAAAAAAUAUACAAGGCAAUGUAGCUUUUAUCGGAACAACUCAUUUUGAAACUGGAACAUGGGUUGGUAUUAUAUUAGAUGAACCAAAAGGGAAAAAUAAUGGAAUUAUUAAAAAUCGUCAAGGCAUUUCAAAAACAUAUUUUGAGUGUGAAGAAAAUCAUGGCAUAUUUGUAAGACAAUCUCAUCUAACCCUCAUUGGUGAAAAUGGAACUCGUUUUGAUAUGGCUACUAGUACAGAAUCUUUGGCAUCAAAAUCAGCAAAGUCUAGACUUAGUAGCUUACGAAAAAAGAUAGAUGCAAAUGUUUCUAGACAGUCGUUAUCUGGAACUAGUAGACUAAGUACAAUGGGUUCUAAAAAUAAAGAUGAUACAUUUACAUCUCCAGUGUCUCGCACUUCUUCUCAGUCAUCUUUGGUUGGAAGCAAUCGCACUCCUUCACAAUCAUCUAUAAUACCUCCCUCUCGCGCUCUACCCACCCGAACACCAUCACAACCAUCCAUGCGUGCACCAUCUAGAACAUUGUCACAAACUUCAUUUACAGAAGUUGAAACAACUCCAAAGCGAUCAUCCUUUGUGGAGCAAUUACCAAGUAGUGAAAAACCAAGUCGGUUAUCUAAAUUAAUUACACCAAAAAUGAAAUCAUCUGUUGAAACACAAAUAACCAAAUCAUUGACACUGUUAAAAGAUAUAUCUAAUCCUGAAACUGAAUUUGUUGAAGCUCUUAAAUCACACUACACUAUAGGUCAGUCUGCUACACCUAAUUCAAAUGUAUCUACUCCUACUCAAAGAUCAACUUUGGUAGCUGCUGAAGCUACUGAAAUUCAAGGGCUAAAAGAUCAAGUUCAAGAUUUAUCUGAAAAGUUAGAUGUUGUUAAAACAAGACUUAAAGAAAAAUCUCAUGAAAUUGAUAUGAUGAAACUUCAGUUAGAUCAAGCAUCAGAAUUUAAAAGUAAAAUUAUGGAAUCUCACUCAGCUUUGAAAAAAGAAUUAGAGCAAGUUAAAUUAGAAAAAUUAGAGGCUUUAGAAGGCAAAGAUGAAUAUAGUGAAAUUGCUGAAACUUUGGAAAUGGCAACUCUUGAUAAAGAAAUGGCUGAAGUUAAGGCUGAAACCCUUCAACUUGAGUUAGAUCAGGCUAAGGAACGAAUUGAAGAAUUGACUGUAGACUUAGAACUGUUGAAAGCAGAAUUAGAAAAGGGUAGUGGAAAUGAUUCAGAAGAUGGUGUUAAUUCAUUUAAAGUAAAACAACUUGAACAACAAAAUUUACGUCUUCGUGAAACUUUAGUUAAGCUGCGUGACUUGUCUGCUCAUGAAAAACAUCAAACUCAGAAUUUACAAAGAGAAAUUGAAGAAAAAACAAAACAAUGUACUGAUUUGCAAAAGUCAAAUGAUAAGUUAACUGCUCGAGUACAAGAGCUUACUUCUCAAGUUAAUGAUUUACAUGAACAGGUUGAUGCCGCUCUUGGAGCUGAAGAAUUAGUUGAACUUUUGGGUCAACAGAAAUUAAAUCUAGAAGAUAAAGUAGCAGAACUUGAAGAGGCAGUUACUGACCUUGAAGCUAUUCAAGAUAUAAAUGAUCAAUUACAGGAAGACAGUAGGGAAUUGGAAAUGCAGUUACGUGAAGAAUUAGAUAUAGCCAAUGCUAAUGUUCGAGAGUGUAUUAAAGAGAAAGAACGCGCAUUAGAAAGCUUAGCUGAUCGUAGUUUAGUAAUUGUAAAAUUUAGAGAUUUAGUUAAUGAAUUGCGUGAGCAAAAUCAAGAUUUGCAAGCUCAAUUAAUGAAGGAAUCUGCUUCCAAAGAUGAAGUUCGUUCAUCAAUACCCGAGAUGCUUGAUUUCAAAAAAAUGUUUGCUGAAACUAAAGCGCAUAGUCGAGCAAUUGAUUUAGAACUACGUAGAAUGGAAACUCAAGAAGCGCAGCAACAUAUACAAUACCUUUUAGCUUAUAUGCCUGAUUCAUUUAUGACUAUUGGAGGUGAUUACGAUGCUAUCUUGUCACUUUUGCUACUACCUCGAAUGAUUUGGAAGAGUGAAAUAUUAAUGACACAUGUACGAGACAAAUAUCCGGAUAUACAAGAAAUAACUAAAGAAACAUUAAUGAAAGAUCACUCUGCUGAACAAUUUUCUACGCGUUCUAGGUUAUCAUUUUACUUGUAUAAUUUACAGGGAGCCUUAAGACAAUUUAUUUAUGGACUGAACACAACAUCACCAGAGACAUUAAUUAAAGUUGGUGAAUCUUUUCCAGAUAUGAUGAUUCAAGAAAAAGUACUUAAUGGUUAUAUUGAAAUGCUCAAAAUUGAUCAAUUGGAUGAGAAUGUCAACACUGAGAAUUUAGAAAAAUGUGUAGCCUAUUUCAAUAAUGUUUACAAACCACUAAUUCAAGAUUUUCAUCCUCAUUAUGAACACUUAUUAUUAGAUAAUAUAUCAUUAUUGUUUGCAGCAUGUAACACAAUCCAAACAGACGCUAAUAUUAUAAAAUGUGUUAUUCAAGAUGAUGUGUCUACAACAAACAUUUCCAAAUUUUGUGAUGAUAUAUCAGUUGCAUGUGAAGUGGUUACUCAACAUUUAAAACAAAUAAAAAAACGGGCUGACAUAAAUAAUUCUGUUAAAGUAGAUCUAAGUUCUACUAUACAAUAUGCAGAAAAAUUAAUAUCUGUUUUAAGAGAAACAGCCAGAAGUGCAGUAUCUCAAAUUUCAUUGGCUGCAGAUGACAAGAAAAUUAAUAGCAAAAGUAUUAUGCAAGUAAUGAUUAAUUCAGUUGAAAAAGUAUUUGGAAAAGAUCAAGCUGUUAAGGGAGUCACUAUAUGUUUGAAAAUGUGUGUUGGGACACUUGCUGGUGAAGUAGCUGGUGCAGCACAAGCUGUUCAAGAAGCAGAUUUAUCUAACUCUUCUACAGAAAUGCCAAAUGUGGUUCCUCCAAUAAUAAAACGUGCUAAGCAAGUUAAAAAUGAGUUAGAAGAAACAAAAACAUUAAGGAACACCAUCAAAACUAAAGAAAAUGACAUCCUAGAAUUGAAGAUGGCUCUAAGAACUAAACAAGAAGAGAUUGGUGAACUUAAUGUUAGGAAAGAAUUAGCUGAAAAGAAAUUAUCCACUACUAUACAUGAAUCGGAAAUUGCAGUUGAAAAAUUACAAAGAAAACUCGAUGAAACUCAACAGCAACUUAAAAGAAAAUCUAAAGAAUAUGAAGAAACAAUGGAUCACUUACAAGCUGACAUUGAUUCGUUAGAAAUCGAAAAAGGGGAACUUAAAAAUAAACUUAAAAACUAUUCUAAAAAAAUGCUUAUUGAUGGUAUUAGUAAAUCUGCUUCUAUUACCAAUAUGGGAAAUGAUAAUAAGUCAUAUCAAGAAUCUCCAUUUUUAAUGAACGAAUUGAAAUUGACUAAAAUGGCUUUAAAACAUGAAAUAAAUCAAAGGGCUAACCUUGAAGAUAAUUACUGUAAAAAACUAUUUUCACAAUUGAAACCAUUGCCAGUACCUGAUAAACCAUCCGAAGAAGAAAAAGAACGUAUUAUGAAGUUAAGAAAAGAAGGAAAUGAUAUUUUAAAUGAUUUCCAAAAGACAUUAAAGAACAUAAGUGUUGUGGAUGUUACUAAAAGAGUUCCAGGAAGAAAAAUAAUACCAGAUCAAAAUGUUUCUGCUAAACAAUUAAUUGAUAAUAAUUUGCAAUGGAAACAGUUAAAAAAAAGAUUAGAUGCUUUACAAGAUAAUUUUAAUAAAGAAAUUAUAAGUCGUCAACAGUUUGGUUGUAUUGAAACUGACAUAACUACCUUCCCUACUCCUGCACUUAAGAAAGCAUUAGAAGAAGAAGAGCCUGUGUUAGCUGCAGAGUUUGUGAUACCAAAACCUAUUAAUUGGACAGGACCCUCUGACAUUAGAAUGGAAAUGGAUACUAAAAUGUUAGCUUCAUUACAAAUGAAAAUCACAAAUGCUGCUCAAAUCAAUCCUUUUGUUCGCUAUAAUUUUGCUUAUUCUACUGAAGAACUUUUAGGAGUUCAAGAUUUGAGUUAAAUAUGGUUCAUUAUUUAUUUUCUCAAGCUAGGUUUUACAUAAAAUAAUAUUUGUAUAAUUUAAAAUAUUAUUGUGAUACUAAUAAUUUUAAAUGAUAUAUUAAGUAAUUUUGAUUUAAGUAUUUUUUUUUUUAAUAUUUUAUUAGAUUUAUGUAUUUCAAAAGACUAUUAUACAUAAUAUGUAAAAUUAUGUUAUAUAUUAUAUGAUAAAAUUAUGUUGAAAAAAAUUUUCUAUUUUAUGAAUUGUAAUUGAA